AUGAUCCACGAGCUGCUGCUGGCGCUGCGCGGCUACACCGGGGGCCUCUUCGUCGCCGUUGGAGGCGGCGGCAGCGUCUGCCUGCAGGUGGCGUCCCGCUCCGCCCCCUGGGGAAGAGGCGCCCCAGGCCGCCGCCGCCGCCUCCCACCCUAACCGGCUUCUCGUUGCCCUCCCCUCCCGCAGGUGCCUCAGGAGCCGGUGCUGCCGCCUUUCCUUCACCCGAGCGAGGCCGCCCUCCUGGCCCGCGUCUGCCGCCUCGGCGCCUUCUACAUUCGCUUCAGCGACUUCGUCGAGCAGUUCGCAGCCGAGCACGUCCAGCCGCCGCCCUCGCAAGGAGGCCCCUCGCAGGGCGGGCAGCAGCAGCAGCAGCCGCCGCCCCCCGGCGCCCCGUCAGCCCCUUCAGCAGCAGCAGCUCUGCCCGUGCAGCCGCAGGUGAGCGGUCCCCUGAGCAUGUGCAGAGGUAGGCAAGCGACGCCCCCACUUUUGCCCGCUUGCCUGUCCCUUCUCCGGCCGUCUAUGUGCAGUGACCCUCUGCGGAAGCGACUCGGCCCUUUCCCUCACAGGCUGUUUCUCACUGUCCGUUCUCAAGGCCCAAAACAGCCAGGACAUGAAGGGCUGCAGCCGGCCGCCUCCACAUCUCUCUCCCUCCUGCCCCUCAAUACCCAGAAGGGCCCCACAUCCCUGUCAAUGAGGUCCUCCGAGGUUUAUUUUUCCGUUGGCUUUCUUUUUUCAAUUGCUGGGCCUUGGGCUUGUUCAUUGUUUUGGCUGCUUUUAUGGAAGAAUGUUGUACUGUAAUACUGCUGUCAUUUUGAACAGUGAUGUUUGUGGAGCAGCUUUCUUGAAAAGCAAGGUGUGCAUUUAUUGAACAAGCCCUCCUCCCAACUGCACCUCCUGUGCAAGGGCUUUUGUGGCAGGAUGCAGUCCCAGAACAAUGGAGGGACAGGGGGGUUGCAUUGCCUUUGAGUCGCUUCCACUCAUGGCAAUAGAGGUGGUUCUGGAGCCUUAUUCAUGCCAGGAGAUUAACCAUUCCUUGAUCCACUUUCAGGAUCUGCACCCCUCCCAGCAAGGGAUUUAUCUGCGGGCUUUCUGCACUGGGCUUGAUGCUGUGCUGCAUCCAUACCGGCAGGCCCUGCUUGACUUGGAGCAGGAGGUAAGGAGGACACAGUGGGUUUCUGUAGUAAAUAUUGCAUGAUGCUCUGCCCAUCAAAUCCAACUGCAGCUUUUUGUCACUAAUAGUGGUUUGUUAAUCUGUAUUAAUGACUCCUUUUCACUAAGUCACCCCACAACUAGACAUUGUACAAGAAUAGAGCAUAAAUGACUACUUGCUUGCUUAGCAGAGAGAGCACCAAUCAGAUUGCAUCUGUUGAUGGUGUCCUUCAUAAUAAACAGAGACAAAAUCAUUAGCCAUGCAGACAAAAAUGCUGAUGAGCAUUAAAUUCCAGCACUAUGGCUGUGUAGCUCUGUAGCAGCUAAACCACAGAGGAGGUGUUGGCCCCUUGAAGCAAGAGAAGACAGGCUUCUCUUCUGGUAAGCAGCAGGGUCACGGCAUCUACCUGUUUGAGCCAGUUACAAAAUUGAAGCUCAGAGAGAAGAACUGGUUGCAGCUACCUUCUGAGCUUUGGGGGUGUGGCGGGGGGCACGGAAAGAGAGACAUGGCUAUAAAAGGACAGCAGGUCUAACACCAAGCUCUAAAAUGCCCCAGGGGAUCUGGUUACUGGCAGCCAGUCAGUUCCAGCCUAGUACUCUGGGUGUAAGUCAAGGUUCGGCAGCAGCCACAGACCCAAAAUGAGCCCAGAGUGAGUGCAGGGCUGGGGAAACUUAUUGACCAUGAUGCCCAAAGCACCAACUCAUGAGCUCCCAGGUGCACAGUACUGGAAGGCAAGAGCAGGGAAAGCACAAUUGAAGAGGAUGAAGGAAUCUCCCAAACAGGCAGCAACAUGGGGGGAGGAGGUUGGGGGAAGAGCAGGCAGGGAGCAGAAGGAGGUGGUGAGAAAAGGCUAGUUGAGAGAAUGGGCAAGAGGAGCUUAAUGCAAUAUUGAAAGCUGAGGCUGGAGGAGGCUCCCUUCUUCGCAGAAGCAGGGGCUAAGGCUGGAGGUGGUUCCAGACCCAGCAGGUGCUUACCUGACAAGCCAACCUGCACCAAGUUUCUGUAUUUUCCCUGACUUCGGGCAUAGGGCUCCACAGCCAAAGAUUGUCUGUGCCUCAAAGCAGCACUUACCAAUUUGUAAUUUAAAAGCAGCAGGCCAGUGUAGGCAACAAAUAUACUGAAUAAACCUGCUUUGUUAUCCCACUGCUUUGACCUAAAAGGUCUGGACACGGACAGUUCUUGACAUGCCAGCCAGUGUCAUGCAUUGCUAAUACCACCCAUGUAUGUUGGAUCUCUGUAGGAAACAGUGCCAUCCGCAUAACUGCUAUAUUCAAAAAGCUCCAGGGAGUGCUCCUUCCCUGCUUGAUCAACUUAGGAGUUGCAAAACAACAAGUCAAAACAAAGUCUUACUCCAGUCUCUUACCCCCACCUUUCAUUUUUUGCAGUUUCUGGCCGAUCCUCACCUUACCAUCUCGCAUGUCAAUUAUUCGCUGGAUCAAGUGAGUUCUCCCUGCCCAUACCUCCAUUCUGUUAGAGGAGCUCCCUUCUCUGGAUUGUGCCUUCUCUUCAUGGUUGCCUGCUGAAAAGAGGCUUGCCUAUAUGAGUGAGCUGUAUUAGUUCACACUGUCUUGAAUAAGGUCUGGAGGUCUGUUUUGAAGGGCAGGACCUCAACUGCUCUUGCUCUUGUCUGGCUGAGCCCUGGAGCUCUAGCACAAGGGAUGAAGCUCCACGGCCACUUUCCUGUCUCCGAUCCUUUUCCUGCAGUGGAAUAAAUAAAAAAUCUGAGGCAGGAGGAAGCCUUGACACAACCUCCAUAAAGGCAAGGAAUCUCUUCCUUCCCUCAGUCAGAUUCAUUGGCUAUCCCAGUCUCUGUAAGGGCCCUCCUGCCCCAAAGGACAUCCUGUGAACUGCCAGUGUGAGCAAUGGGCGAGUACUUUCUUGAGUCUCUCAGAGAGAGGCUCUUGGGACACAGGAAGCUUGGAAAGAGAGAUACAAGGUUUAUCAUCCUGAGUGGCUAGAAUAUGAGAAUGGAGGGUCUUAUACAAGAGCUCUGGCUCCAUCUGAGGGGCCACUUACCAGCUUUCCCCCAGAGCACCUUUAUUCACCUGCUUAAGGGACUAGUCAGUUUGGAGAGGCCGGAUCCUGACGGGGGACUCAGUCUCUCUUCCCACCAAAGAGAAAGGAGAGCUGCCUAGGGAUGAUUAUGCAUCACUCUUAACUCCUGUUGGCUGCCUUCCACUGAAAAUUAUUCUACAUUGCAGGCUGCACUGAAGGAAGACAAGGGGGUUAAUCAGACCACAUUCUUGUGGGGCAGGGGGCUGCCUAGGCAAGCUCAGUUUUUGCUAGAGUACCCAUCCUAUGAGCAAAGGGCCUCCUCAUGAAAGGUAACAUUAGUUUAGGCAGAUGCCCAUUUUCAGUGAUAAUAGCAAAUUCUGGACCCAGCCCAGGUGGCGGCAGCAGCAUCAGAGCUUUUCACAAGGAAACAUUGUAGACACGCAGAGAAACUAGGAGGCUGCAAUCCACAUGCCUCUUCCAACUGGUUCAUUAAGGUGGCACAUCUUUUGUGCAGUAUUUAAUAUGUACUUUGGGUCUGACGGGAAGCUUAGUCUUCCGAACUGCAUUUAUAGCCUGCAUUGAUGUUGAUCCUUGUUAGUUAUUGCAUCCUUGCCUGAUGUUCAGUAGGCAACAUGGAAGGCCUUUCCUUUCCCGUUUCGAGAAAAAGGCUUGCACAGGCAUUAUCUUAAGGAACAUAAUCCUGAUCAUGUGGAAAGUUUGCAAAAACCUAAAGUGUGGUGCAAGUAAUUGUGUGUGGUUUAGGAAACAUACUGUGGCAGAGUGAAUCUCUGUGAGUAGAAUCUUGGCAGCCAGUUCCAAUUUCUGAUGUCCUAAGCAAGAGAAAUCUGACACUUUUAUCCUAUCUUUAUCCUACACAGUAGGUACAGUGUCUGCACCUUAAAAGGGGGCAAAUAACAUUCCUUGAAGAAUUAAUGAAGUUAGGGAGGUAAUCUUAGUAGAUGUCUACUUAUUUAGGUAGACUAUCGGGGGGGAGCCCCAACUGCAGGGGUGGGGUGGGGGACAAAGCAUGAAGGCCACACACAAAUGAAGCCGCUGUGCAAGAAGGAAGAUACUUCCAUUUUGCUGUGUGACACUGAAAUUAGGGAAGGCUCUUUCCCAUGCAGGCUGUUCUGUAUAGCCUUCCCUAUUGGAGUGAGUGGGGGGAGCAGUUCAUAGGAGGAUUCCCAACCCACAUUAGAAAAAGAUCUUGUCUGUCACAUUAAGUACAACACUCUGUUCUCUUUUUUCCCCAUCCUUGUCUCAAACUAGCAAAUCAUUCCUCACCAUCUGAUUCUUGUUUUGCAGUUCCAGCUUCUUUUCCCCUCACUGAUGACUGUGGUGGAGCAAAUAAAGACCCAGAAGGUACAGUUGAGAAUCCUGAUCUCCCUUGGUGGUGGCCCUCUUUUUAUAGGCACCUGCCUGGCUUGAUUUAAAAAGAGAGGGCAAAUCUUGUGUGUAACUGAGAUGGUGCUGAUUUCUCUCACCUCAGUGGAGGUGAAAAAUGGGAAGUAGGAGUUCUGAUACCAUCAUCUGCAGAAAAGUAGAGCAGGGAGCUGGAAAUGCUGCCUGCAUGUGGAUGAGGAGCUUAAGAUGGGCUCCUCUUCCUCCAUCCAGGCCAGCUGGUCUCUGGAUCUUUCAGAAUCCAGCUGCCAGCCAGUGUUGUAGGAACAUGUGGUAACAUCAGCUCUUGCAAGGGAUCUGCUUUUCAUUUGCAGAUUCAUGGCUGUCAAAUCCUGGAGGUGGUUCACAGACACAGCCGAGGUGGCCUGCCACCCGUGCGCCGUGCUUUGGAAAAGUAAGAAACUCUCCUGGGUGGGGCCAGCCCAAGCGCUAAGGAGGAAUGCCAGGUUAUGGGUCCCAGGAACCUGCCCCCUGAACAAGUUAAUGUUCCUGAAGUCCCACUGUCGCCUUGGAUGGUUGGAUGUUCCAUUGUGGCUGCAGCCUGGUCAAGCCCCCUUCCCUCUGCUGCUGUGCCUCCCUCCAGGGUCUUGGCCAUGUGCCAUGCUGCCAUGUACAAGCAGCUCUCUGCCUGGAUGCUGCAUGGGCUGCUCCUGGACCAACAUGAGGAGUUCUUCAUCAAGCAAGGCCCUUCCUCGGGGUCUGUCCCUGCCCAGCCCGAAGAGGAGGAGGAGGACCUGGGGAUCGGAGGGCUGACGGGGAAACAGCUGCGAGAGCUGCAGGACAUGGUGAGGUUUGGGUGCUAGAUACAAAGGAAGCUGAAUCCGCCUCCCAAUCCCUCUAGCUCUGCAUUGUCCACACUGCCUAGCAGCCCCUUCCUAGGGCUUCACAGGCUUCUGCCAGUCCCACAUGGAGAUAUUGUUGUGGGGUUGGACAUGCAAGGCUGCUUGCAUGCAAAGCAGAUGCUCAGCCACCGAGCCAGGUGCUCUCUUGCCUCGUGAAACCUGCUUAGCCCCCUCCAGUCAUCUUUUUGUAGUUGGAGCUAGAACUUUCUGUUUUGAUAGCUCAAGUAUUCUUUUCUGACUCUUUAGCCAUUGUUUCAUGGAUCAAGAAUCCUGCUCUGCUCCCCACUGACACAGAUUGGUGGUUCCAACUAAGUCUUAACACACACCUACCCUUUGAUGGACAGUCCUCAGGAUUGGGGGUGGGGCUUUCUAUUUGGAGCCCCCACGUUUGUGCGUGGGGUUCUUUGACUUUCCCCCAUUUUCACCUCUCCUUCCAACAGCGGCUGAUUGAAGAGGAGAACAUGUUGGCACCCUCCCCAAAGCAGUUCUCUCUGCGGAUUGAAAUGCUGCCAUCCUACAUCCCUGUGCGAGUUGCUGAGAAGAUCCUUUUUGUGGGAGAGUCUGUCCAGAUGUUUGAGAGUCAAAAUGUGAGCCUUACCAAAAAAGGUAGGAAACACUUUGACUCAUUUCAUUCUGCAUGGGGGCAGCAAGGAUUGAAAGCUGUAGGGUGGUUGUUUCUUGGCUGUCCAUUCAUAAGGGCACCCUGGGACAUAGCAGGGAAGUGCUGGGAUGCCUCACCAGAGGUCUGCGCAAGAUGGAAUGGACCCUCCCUGUAAAGCACUCAAGCCACCCCUCCCCCUUGCUCUGCCACUCUUUCCUUGGGGUAGAGUAUGGUGGCUCCAUAAAGGUAAAGGUAAAGGACCCCUGACAGUUAAGUCCAGUUGCGAAUGGCUCUGGGGCUACGGCGCUCAUUUUGCUUUACUGGCCGAGGGAGACGGCGUUUGUCCACAGACAGGUUUUCCAGGUCAUGUGGCCAACAUGAAAAAGCCGCUUCUGGCGAAGCCAGAGCAGCGCACGGAAACACCAUUUAGCUUCCUGCCGGAGCAGUACCUAUUUAUCUACAGUGGUGCCCCGCAAGACGAAUGCCUCGCAAGACGGAAAACUCGCUAGACGAAAGGGUUUUCCGUUUUUUGAGCUGCUUCGCAAGAUGAAUUUCCCUAUGGGCUUGCUUCGCAAGACGAAAACGUCUUGCAAGUUUGUUUCCUUUUUCUUAACACCGUUAAUACAGUUGCGACUUGACUUCGAGGAGCAACUCAUAGAACGCAGUGUACAUAGUAGCCUUUUUUGAGGUUUUUAAAGACUUUGGUGAUUUUUGAAGCUUUUCCAAAACUUCUUUUGCAGCCAUUUGGUAAGUUAAGCUUUUAAAACUUUUUGGGGGGGUUUUGGAUUUUGGGUUGGGGUGUUUGGAAUUCAAGGACUUGGUGUUGGGGAGGGGUUUGCAAGAAUCUAGAAGCUUGUGGUUUUUUUCUGCAUUUUUAUGAUUUUCUGUGACCAUUGGGCCACUCUGCUGUUUUUUAAAAAAAUUCUGGAUUUGAAUUUCUGUGUGCUGGGUGGCUGGGGGAACAGUUGGGGAGGGGUUACAAGAAUCUGGAAGCUUGUUUUUUUCCCUGCAUUUUUAUGAUUUUCUGUGACCAUUGGGCAACUCUGCUGUUUGAAAAUUCUGGGUUUGAAUUUUGAAAUGCUCUUUACAGUAUGUGUGACUUUAAAGAGCACUUAAUAAACUCUUGUUGUACCAAAUUUGGCUUUGUUUGGACUUUUUUUGACCAUAGGAACGCAUUAAUUGAUUUUCAAUGCAUUCCUAUGGGAAACCGUGCUUCGCAAGACGAAAAAUUCGCUAGACGAAAAAAUUCGCGGAACGAAUUAAUUUCGUCUUGCGAGGCACCACUGUACUUGCACUUUGAUGUGCUUUUGAACUACUAGGUUGGCAGGAGCUGGGACCGAGCAAUGGGAGCUUACCCCGUUGCGGGGAUUCAAACCGCUGACCUUCCAAUUGGCAAGCCCUAGGCUCAGUAGUUUAGACCACAAUGCCACCCAUGUCCCUACUAUGGUGGCUCCAUAGCUUUUGGUAAAAAGAAAAGAAAAAGUGAGGCCCUGUUGCUGUUUUGCCUCACCAAUACAGCCCCCAAGGAGGUGCCUUUAGUGUUUACAUUGAAUUAAAAUUUCUUCUGCCUGCUGGGUCUAGCUCUCAGGCUGCUUUCUGAUGGCUGCUGUGUGUGUGUGUGUGUGUGUGUGUGUGUGUGUGUGUGUAGGACCUGCUUCCUCCUAGCUCUGGUAUUUGUACUUAAUAUAGAACGACUGGGAAGCACUGAAAAUAUUUUGGAGCUACAGUGCCCUCCUCUCAGGAAGGCCACUUUGGAACAGCAAGAGGUUUUCUGACUUAAUACCAGCCAGCUGUUUCCAGGAGAAAACAAAGGCAGACCAUCCUCAGCCCACCUCCAUUGUCUGCUUUGUUACCAGUUUCCCAAAUUGUAGUUGCAUCCGCUGCCAUCAGAUGCACUGCAGAGUCCUCAGUGGGCUGGAGUGAAGCUGUUUUCCAUUUCCAUCUGUUUAAAAUAUUUGAAGCAUCUUGGUCGUCUACUAUAUAAGCUUGGGUUGUUGGCAUCUGUCAGCCACAAAGCAAAAAGGAGAACAGGCUCUGGUGCUCACAGAUGCAAAACUUCAUUGAAGCUCAGUGUGUUUCAGGAGCUUGAAAGGCUUCAAAUUCUUACAAUUCAAACACUCUCCAGUCUUAAAUUCUGACCUAUUCAAGAACUCGCUUGAAAAACUGGGAGAGCAAUUCCCCCUUUUCCUCUCCUCCACUUUUCCAAGCUGGAUCUUGAUGCAGCCUUGAACAGCCUUUGUCCUCUGCAAAGCUCUGCUGAUGGAGGCCAUGACUGGCAUCUUGCGUCCAGAUUAGGCCACUCUUCCUUGCCUUCCGUUGCCUCACAGGCUCCAUCCUGAAGAACCAGGAGGACACCUUUGCGGCUGAGCUGCAUCGCCUCAAACAGCAGCCUCUCUUCAACCUGGUGGACUUUGAGACAGUGGUGGACUGGAUACGGAGCACUGUGGCGGAGGUCAGCCGUAGCUCUAGAGUUGCAUGUGCUAAGUUCUUUGUGCGGUAGCAGCAGGGAGCCGUUUGCAAACCCCUCGGCCAGAGCUUGCUGGAAAACCUUUUUCAGGCUGAGGGCCACAUUCCUUCUUGGGAUUACAUGCUGGGAAGGUGGCAGGGAUGGAGUCAGAAGCGCCAGGCCAGGCCAGAGCAACCCCAUCACCACCAGCGGCAUCCAUUCAGUGAAUUCUCUCCCCUCUCAAGAAAGCCUAUGUUAAAAGCUCCCAUUAGCAACAAUAAAAGCUUUAAUAAAGCCUAAUCUCUGUGGGGGAGAUUUGAUUUUAAUGGCAGAUCAAUGCAUAGAGCGAGGUGAUAUUAGUCCUCUCCCCUGCUUUUCAAAAGUCUAAUUGGUGCGGGGGGAGGGGGGACAGGUGGGGAUCCAGAAUUAACAUUUGUCUCUUGCUAAUGCACCCUGCACAAUAAUUAAACUUUUUAAAAGCCUCAACUGUUACAAUAUCCCAUAGACCAGCUGUUUGUCAGUCCUGCCAUAUAGAGCAUGGAGAGCCUGCCCAGCAAGGGGCAAGUAGUCUCUGUCACUCAAAGCAAACAGAUCAAGUCCUGGCUGCAGUGGGGUGGAAGGUCCCAGCAGCAGCUCGGAGCUGCUGCUGCUGGGGAUCCCUGGUUCUUGAUGCUGAUGGACUGUUUUCUCUCCCUUAGCACUUAUGGAAGCUCAUGGUGGAAGAAUCGGAUUUAAUAGGACAACUGAAGGUACAUGCAAACCUCCAUACGGCGCUUCCAAAGCUGUUCCUUUCUCUUUGUGCAGGAGGAGACUCACUCCUGCCAGUGGAGUGUUGCUUGCAGGGGUCCAUGGGUUCUGUAUCCUGAUGCAUUUAGUCAUUCUCUCCUCCUUUCUAGAUUAUUAAAGAUUUUUAUCUCUUGGGGAGAGGAGAACUGUUUCAGGCCUUCAUUGACACCGCACAGCAGAUGCUGAAGACACCUCCCACUGCAGUGACAGAACAUGGUGAGUUUCAUGGGCUCUGGCUUCUCCAUUAGGCUGAGAUGAUAUGAUUGGUGGAUCAGACCAACGACUCUCUACUCAGAUACUUCCCUGCUUCCCAAGCCUUUCUACCAAGACUCUUGGCCCCUGCAUAGGCACAGUUUGGCUCUGUAAGCUGUUGUGGCACAAACUCUGAAAAGGCCAUGGGGGGUGGGAGAGUGGAAGCAGGUGACUGUGCCUUCCUUGCUCACUGUGCACUCAUCUGGAGUAAGUCGUUCUGGUCUGGCUCUCUUCCUCAGAUGUGAAUGUGGCCUUCCAGCAGUCUGCCCACAAAGUGCUGCUUGACGAUGACAACCUCCUUCCUCUUCUUCACCUGACCAUCCACUAUUAUGGAAAGGAGCACCGAGGUGGGUGCUGCUGCCAGGGAGCCAAGCAGUCCUGAACAGGGCAGGUUUCGGCCCUACCACAACUACAAGCACAAAGCCAAUUUGGUUCCGUAGAGGCAGAAUGGCAGCCCUAGGUCUGGGAAGCUGGGAGUUCAAAGCCCAAGGCCAGUCUUGUCAAUCCCCUGGGUGGCCUGGAGCAAGUCUCUCACCUGCAUUAGCUGCCCAUUGAUAAAAUGAGGAGGGUGGCAGGGAAGGAGGGUGGGGUCCAGCAAGGGUUGCUGCCGUUUUGUUGCCCACCUGCCUCCUGGCUUCCUUUUCAGAUGCCGCUCAAGCUCGAGAUACGCCUUCUCGGGAACUGUCUCCUCAUGAAUCCCCUGCAUCAGGCUGGGCUGCUCUGGGGCUCUCCUACAGGGUGCAGUGGCCCCUGCAUAUCCUCUUUACUCCUGCCGUCCUGGAAAAGUGAGGGCUGCUUUAUCCCUGUUUCUGUUUCCAGGUGGAUUCUGUGGCAUUUUGGUGUCAAAGGUUGAUGGUAGCAGAGCACAUUUUUCCUGGGUGGGAGGAGGAGAUGCUGGCCUGGUCUGAGCUCCUGGUCUACUUGCCCAGAGACCUGACCCAGCUAUCUUUUGCUUGCCUUCCUCUUGGCUUGCAGGUACAAUGUGGUCUUCAAGUACCUGCUAAGUGUGCGUCGAGUCCAGGCUGAGCUGCAGCACUGCUGGGCUCUACAGAUGUGGUGCAAGCGCCUGGAAUCCAACAGGACAGAUGCCAUCAAGUGGCAACUGCGCCAUCACAUGACUUUCCUUGUAGACAAUCUGCAGUACUACCUGCAGGUGAGCAGCAACACAGGUCUCAGGGGCUGAGGCUUUGGUGCUGCUCCUCCAAGGGAUAUGCAUCAGUCAGUUCUCCCAGCAAUACCCUAAAUCUCCCACCAAAAAUUGAUGGUUGGAAAUGACUGAAAACAGCAGGCAGUAUAUUCUCCCUCACUUUUCCUUAUCCUCAGGUGGAUGUUCUGGAGUCUCAGUUCUCCCAACUUCUGCAGCAGAUCAACUCCACCCGUGACUUUGAGAGCAUUCGACUGGCACACGAUCACUUCUUGAGCAAUCUCCUAGCACAGUCCUUCAUUCUGCUGAAACCAGUGAGUGAUUCCCAUAGUCUGUUUGCCUUGUGUCCCCAGGAGAAGAACUGGUCCUGUUCGAACAGUCCAAAUGCCCAUCCAGUGCAGCACUCCUAGCUCACUUCAAUACAAACAUGGCAAGAAGGAACUAAAGCAAAAGCCAGACCCUUGUGAGCAUGGCUGUGUUGCUUGGCCAUGAGCACAACCAAAGCCCUUACCUGCUAAAGUGAAUAAUGAAGUACAGGUCUGUAUAGAAAAGCAGGAUAGAAAAUAAAUGAACUGCAACUGUGUCAGUUUGCCUUCAUCAUGUGUUUUUUGGGGGGAGUGUCUUCCUGGUGACUUGGUAGCAUUUGGCAAUCUGGAGAAGCCUGUCAAAGUCCUUCCCCAGAGCACCAGGCAAGUAGGUAUGUUCAUUGGUCUUGGAAACUCAUGUUUAGAGCAGCUUAUGAUGCUUGAACAGAAAUUUCAGGCUUUGGUAGCUGCUGUGCAGUGUAUGAAGAUUUUUGUUUUGUUUUGUUUGAUUGCAUCAGCUCCAUUAGACCUUAAGAAUUGCUCUACUAAGCAAGAAGUGAAAUGGUUUGAGUAAACCAGUCCAAAUAAUCCUGCGGAAUCUGGUCAUUAUCUCAGGCUGCGGAAGGGCAAGACGAGAAGCAUCUGUUCUGGUGAGGCCCUCCUGGGCCUUCAUCUCCUUUCUGCUCUUUGGUUUUGCAGGCUUUCCACUGUCUGAAUGAAAUACUGGAUCUAUGCCAUAGCUUCUGCUCACUUGUCAGCCAGAACCGGGGACCAUUGGAUGAGCGGGGGACGGCCCAGCUGAGCAUCCUGGCCAAGGUGGGCCUUGCACUUUUCUACCUGAAAAACAUCGCCCAAAGCUUUUGGGGCAUCUCUCCUGUGGAUGCUGUUGGAAACUCAGAGCAGGCAGCUCUCUGAUGAAUUCAGCAUGGGGUGGGGGAGGGGAUAGGAACACAAGAAGUCUGGCCAUUGCUCUUCCAUGAAACUCAUCAGAAACAGCCUUGGUCAGGCCCUUGUGGCAUGCUGGCAGCAACAGCUGGGGCCUUUCCUCCUCCAGGACAGCAAUUCCCAAAGGGUGAGCGAUGAGGUGGGGCAGUUGCCUGGGAUGCUUUCUCCCCAUAUGGGUUCGAGUGGCCUUCAAGUCAUCUCUGUUCAGCCCUUUCUGCUAAGGCAGAGCCCUCAAUUUAUGGCUCAUGGGUGCCGUUUACCUUUGCAGGGCUUCAGCUGUCAGUCUUCACUCCUUUUCAAGAUCCUCUCCAGUGUUCACAAUCACCAGAUCAAUUCAGACUUAGCUCAGUUGCUGUUACGUCUUGACUACAACAAAUACUAUACCCAGGCUGGAGGCACCUUGGGCAGGUAGGUCUUGGCGAGUGCCAGGAAAUCACACAAGCCCCUUUAGUUAUAUUUGUGCUGGUGGUGGGAGGUGGGGGGCUCUGCCUGAAUGUGGACUCUUCUACAGCUAUCCUUAGCCUGGGUUUCCUUGCCUUCCAGGGCUUAAGGUUUUCCAAGGACUGGGAAUCUUUAAUUACACAGGCCUGUUACUAACCAGAAACGCACAAGGUCUUAAGCCUAUUUGAGAGCUGCUGGUGAGAGGGAUGUGAUUAGGCAUCAUCUAGACUUUCUGCUGUUUCUGUUUUGGGACCCAGAAGGUGGGAUAUAAAUGUAUUUAUAACCAGCUGUGUGCUAUGUUAAAAAAUGCAAUUCAAACUUUGCACACUGUGGUCUGUAAAUAAUAUGAAAUUGGUUGUGUGUGCAUCUCUAACAAGUAGUUUUGGCUACUGUGCCCAAUUUACACAACCCUUCUCCCUUCUGCAGCCACAGAGCCCUUCCUCUAAUUAACUGCCCCUUCUUUCUCUACAGUGUGGGAUUAGAAUAG